AUGGCUCUAGCUACAUUAUCUGGUCGUGACGCGAACGCUAGAUUACGUCAAUCUGGAAAAUUGGAAACGGAUGGCUUUACUGUAAAAUCUCUUUUAAAAAAUGCUAAAGUAAAUGCCCCACCAUCAGCAGAAGCAACACGCAUUCGUAAUAGCAAACCAACUGCUUUCCGAAAAUUUUAUGAGCGUGGUGAUUUUCCAAUCGCCCUUGAACAUGAUACCAAAGGAAAUAAAAUCGCUUGGAAGGUGGAAAUCGAAAAACUUGAUUAUCAUCAUUAUUUGCCAUUGUUUUUCGAUGGUCUUUGUGAAAUUGAACAUCCUCAUGAUUUCUUUGCUCGUCAAGGUAUUCAUGAUAUGUUAGAACAUGGUGGAAAUAAAAUUCUUCCUGUUAUUCCACAACUUAUCGUACCAAUUAAAAAUGCAUUGAAUACAAGAAAUCAUAAAGUAAUAUGUACAACAUUGAAAAUUCUUCAACAAUUAGUUAUGUCAGCCGAUAUGAUUGGUGAAGCUCUUGUGCCAUAUUAUCGUCAAAUCUUACCAAUCUUUAACUUAUUUAAAAAUUGGAAUUCAAACUUGGGGGACGGCAUUGAAUAUGGUCAACAACGACGUGAGAAUAUCGGAGAUUUAAUUAAUGAAACACUUGAAGCAUUUGAACGACAUGGUGGUGAAGAUGCAUUCAUUAAUAUCAAAUACAUGAUCCCAACUUAUGAAUCAGUGAUGCUCAAUUAA